GACCUGGGCCUCGCUUCUUAAGGCAGUCAGACCGGCCAAUAAUGGCCCCAGGCAGAGCCACGUGGGCCACAGCGGAGCCUAUGGCGGGGCAGCCGGCCAGCGAGUCCCCGCCAACAGCGGGUUCUCUCUGAGAGCAGAGCGAAGCUGUCAAAAAGAGUAGGGGUGGCGCCGGGAGUGGGAGAGCUGCACAGCUCCGAGUCCCCGGCUCCAGGUCCCCACUCUGGGUCCUCAAACCCGGGUAGCAGCCAUGAACGGCGAAGAGCAAUACUACGCGGCCACGCACCUUUACAAGGACACAUGCGCUUUCCAGCGGGGCCCGGCGCCCGAGUUCAGCGCCAGCCCCCCGGCGUGCCUGUACAUGGGCCGCCAGCCCCCGCCGCCACCGCCUCCGUUCCCCAGCACCCUGGGCGCGCUGGAGCAGGGCAGCCCGCCAGACAUCUCCCCGUACGAGGUGCCCGCCCUCGCGGAGGACCCCACGGUGGCACACCUCCACCACCAUCUCCCUGCUCAGCUCGCGCUCCCCCACCCGCCCUCCGGGCCUUUCCCGGAUACAGCCGUGCCAGGCGCCCUGGAGGAGCCCAGCCGCGUCCAGCUGCCUUUCCCAUGGAUGAAGUCUACCAAGGCUCACGCGUGGAAAGGCCAAUGGGCAGGCAGUGCCUACUCCGCAGAACCCGAGGAGAACAAGCGGACGCGCACGGCCUACACUCGCGCGCAGCUGCUGGAGCUGGAGAAGGAGUUCCUGUUCAACAAGUACAUCUCCCGGCCGCGCAGGGUAGAGCUGGCCGUCAUGCUGAACUUGACCGAGAGGCACAUCAAGAUCUGGUUCCAGAAUCGCCGCAUGAAGUGGAAAAAGGAGGAGGACAAGAAGCGCGGCUGCGGGACAGCCGCCGGGAGUGGCGGGGACCCGGGGCCGGGGCCGGGGCCGGGGCCGGGGCCGGAGCAGGACUGCGCGGUGACCUCGGGCGAGGAGCUGCUGGCGCUGCCACCGCCGCCGCCCCCCGGGGGAGCCGCGCCGCCAGCGGUUCCUGCUGCGGCCCGAGAAGGCCGGUUGCCCCCAGGCCUCAGUGCGUCGCCGCAGCCCUCCAGUGUCGCAGCCCUGCGGCCGCAGGAACAUCGGUGAGAAGCGGGGUCUCUUCCUUGUCAGUGGCACUGACCACUCACAGAGGGAGCGGGCCUAGGGCCCGGUGAGGACCACUGGCGCGGUUUGCAGGGGGCCUGGAACUGCGGCGCCCACCCUGCCGGGAGGGGAGAAGCACUCCCCGGCCCGGGCCUGUGGGGGCCGGUGGGGUAGCGCUGGCUGACCUUCCGGAAGAAGGGACAGGUUCCUGUAAAUCUGAGGCCUCUUCUGGUGAUACUGUUGAAUCGGCCUCGGCUGCCACUAUUGUGCAGGUCCCAGCACUCCAUAACCAAGCACCUCUUUAGAGAAACCAACUCUGCAAAAGGAAAAACUGUACUAAUUGGAACCCUCUCCAACACAUGGCCGGCAGCUAAAUGGAUGCUAUUAUCUGCCCAGAAACAGAGCCAUUUUGAUUCAGGUUUCUGCCUUAACAGUUUAGAAAUAAUUGAAAGGAGGUGUCAAAGACCCAGUGAAAUAGAUGCCCCUGAAUAAUCCAAGCCCCUUCUCCUUCUCUUCCUCCUCUUUCUUUGUUAAUCUGCUUAGCACAGCCAAUCCCCAGUGCACAUCCUUUCUUCAGCCUGCACCUCUUCCCUCUGAAGAAGACAUCUUGCAAUGGAAACUGGGUCGCAGCAGGGCUAGGGGAUGGGGGCAGAGCAAGAGGCCCUGUAUACCCCCUUGGUCCAGCGCUUCAGAGAGAGCAGAGAGUGAGAGGCCUGGAGCGAGGAGUUUAGGGGAGAAAGAUAGACCCACAGGUGAGCUUUCUAUUUAGAUGUGCGUUUAAUUACUGGUCUCAGGGCAGGGAGGCUGUGUGGAAGGCAAGCAUGGUGGCCUGACCCUCCUUGGAAUUUAGUCACAAAGCCAGUGUGAUUUCCACAUCUUUACAAAUGAUAAAAACACGUGGUUGAGAAGUUUGGGAAACUGGUUAUUUUUAUUUAAUGUUGUAAAACUACCUAACAGUUUUUUAACAAAUACGUCUAUGGUUUCCAAGUCAGUUUUGGUUUGAGUCUGAGCCUUGCAUGCAGGUGAUGUUUGUGGAAAAUGCUUAAU